AUGGCUCCCGAUGUCAGCUGCUUCCUUUUGGCAGUGCUGAUUUCUGCCAGCUGUAAAGUCAUCACCUCUUCGGAUCAGAUGUGCAUCGAGAAAGAAGCAAACAAAACAUAUAACUGUGAGAAUUUAGAUCUCAGCGAAAUCCCUGAUGCUCUACCAAACACAACAGAAAUUUUGGAAUUCAGCUUUAAUUUCUUGCCUACGAUUCAAAAUAGAACCUUUGGGAGACUCAUAAAUCUUACCUUUUUGGAUUUAACCAGGUGCCAGAUUAACUGGAUACAUGAGGACACUUUUGAAAGCCAUCAUCAAUUGGGCAUACUUGUGUUAACUGGAAAUCCUCUGAUAUUCAUGGCAGAAACAUCACUCAAUGGGCCCAAGUCUCUGAAGCAUCUUUUCUUAAUCCAAACAGGAAUAUCCAGUCUUGAGUUUAUCCCAGUUCACAAUCUGGUAAAUUUAGAAAGUUUAUAUCUUGGAAGCAACCAUAUUUCCUCUAUGAAGUUCCCAAAAGACUUCCCAACACGGAAUCUGAAAGUCCUGGAUUUCCAGAAUAAUGCUAUACACUAUCUCUCUAGAGAAGAUAUGAACCCUCUGAAGCAGGCCACUAACCUGAGCCUUAACUUCAAUGGCAAUGACAUCAAAGGUAUUGAGCCUGGGGCUUUCAGUUCAACAGUCUUCCAGAGUUUGAACUUUGGAGGGACUUUCAACUUGUCUGUUAUAUUCAAUGGUCUGUGGAACUCUACUACUCAGUCUCUCUGGCUGGGGACUUUUGAGGACAUUGAUGACCAAGACCUUAGUUCGGCCAUGCUAGAGGGACUUUGUGAAAUGUCUGUUGAGAGCAUCAACCUGCAGAAGCACCAUUUCUCUGACUUCUCCUCCACCAUGUUUCGGUGCUUCACCCGACUCCAGGCAUUGGAUCUGACAGCAACUCACUUGGAAGGGUUACCCUCUGGGAUUGAGGGUAUGAACUUGCUCAGGAAGUUAGUUCUCAAUGUAAAUAAUUUUGACCAAUUGUGUCAUAUCAAUGCUGCCAAUUUCCCCUCCCUUACACACCUCUAUAUUAAAGGCAACAUGAAGAAACUUCAACUCGGCGCUGGCUGUUUGGAAAAACUAGAAAAUCUUCAGAAACUUGAUUUAAGUCAUAAUAACAUACAGACACCUGACUGCUGCAAUCUGCAACUCAAAAACCUGCAUCAUUUGCAAAUCCUAAACCUGAGCUACAACGAGCUCCUUGGUCUCCAAAGUCAGGCAUUCAAAGAAUGUCCUCGGCUAGAGCUCCUGGAUUUGGCGUUUACCAACUUACACGUUAACACUCCACAAAGUCCUUUCCAGAACCUCCAGCUCCUGCGGGUUCUGAAUCUCUCUCACUGCCUCCUUGACACCAGCAACCAGCAUCUUCUAGCAGGCCUGCCAGAUCUCUGGCAUCUGAAUUUACAAGGGAAUAGCUUUCAAGAUGGGACUAUCCCAAAGACCAACCUACUUCAGACAGUGAGCAGCUUGGAGAUUCUGAUUUUAUCCUCCUGUGGUCUCCUCUCCAUAGACCAGCAAGCAUUCCACAGCUUAGGAAAAAUGAGUCAUGUGGACUUAAGCCACAACAGCCUGACAAGCAAUAGCAUCAGUGCUCUCAGCCACCUUAAGGGGCUCUACCUCAAUCUGGCUGCCAACAGCAUUCGCAUCAUCCUACCCCAUCUCCUCCCCAUCCUGUCCCAGCAGAGUACCAUUAAUUUAAGUCACAAUCCCCUGGAGUGCACCUGUUCGAAUAUUCAUUUCUUAACAUGGUACAAAGAAAACCUGCAAAAACUUGAGGGCUUGGAGGAGACCGUGUGUGCAAACCCCCCGGCUCUAAGGGGAGUUAAACUGUCUGAUGUCAAACUGUCCUGUGGGAUUACAGCUUUGGGCAUUUUCUUUCUUAUAGUAUUUUCAUUCCUGAUCACCAUUCUGCUCAUUUUUGCAAUUAAAUACCUUCUCAGGUGUAAAUACCAACACAUUUAG